GGUGUAGAGAGAGUAGCAUUGGUGGAAGAGUCUAUACAGCGGAAUUGACAUUGAUGGACCUUCCCGGAGACAGUGUCAGUGCUUGCAUGCGCCUUACUGAGCGUUUGAUUGGGUCUUCGAUCUAUCUUGUGUGCUGAUUGCGCUUCACGUGGAGGGAUGUCCGAAGACAGGGAGGCCGUGCUCGUUCGCUAAGCAUCGAGUUUUUGCAUGAAGCAACUAGGAUGGCUGUGCAGAAUGAUAGAUUGGCAUGGUAGCUGAAUAGGUCGAUUGAUGUCAGCUGUCUGUACGGAUAAAAUUCGGCAGAAAUAUAGAGAACAGAGACACACAGAGAGAGAGAGAGAGAGAGAGAGAGAGAGAGAGAGAGAGAGAGAGAGAGAGAGAGAGAGAGUAGCUGUUCAGGCAUAAAUGACAAGGUAUACACAUAAGGGGAGAUAGAUAGAUAGAUAGAUAGAGAGAGAGAGAGAGAGAGAGAGAGAGAGAGAGAGAGAGAGAGAGAGAGAGAGAGAGAGAGAGAGAGAAGAAGAAGAAGAAGAAGAAGAAGAGGUAACAGAAGGCGUUGAUGAAGAUGAAGACAUUCACGAAGGCGUUGGUGAAGACGGCGGCGAAGAUCGAGAAGAGUGUUCAAAACACAGUGCAUGAUGUGGCUGGUCCUAAGCCCGUUCAGGAUUACGAGUUGGUGGAACAGGUUGGAUCUGCUGGCCCGGGCUAUUUAUGGAAACUUUACAGAGGCAAACCGAAGUCUAAAUCCGCCAUCGCUAAUUCCAAUAACUCUGAAGUCUGUGUUUGGAUUUUGGAUAAGAAGGCACUUGCUGACGAGAGGCACAAGAAAGGAACUUCCAAGGCCGCCGAGGAGCAGCUGUUCGAGGUUUUUCGCGCCGACGCAGCGAAUCUUACCAAACUUCUUCAUCACGGCGUCGUCAGAGUGAUCGAACCUCUGGACGAAAGCAAAUACAUGAUGGCUAUGGCUACAGAGCCUAUCUUUUCCUCUCUCGCUAAUGCUUUAAAAGACUUCACUAAUGUUAACCAGCCCUCGCAAGACUUGAAAAAUGUGACUGUAGUAAUUGGGGCAAAUGGCGCUUGGAAGCUAUGUGGACUUGGAUUUGCAACGGCGGAGAAAACACCAGAGCAACCUGAUACGCAGCAGUCGACAUUUUAUUACCCUGAAUACGAUAUGACUCAGCCAAGCUUACCUCUUCAGCCACCGCUCGACUAUGUGGCACCCGAGCUCACCCGGAACAACUCUGGACCCGCGACGAUGGCUGCAGAUAUUUUUAGCUUGGGGCUCAUCGCUUGCCGCUUGUGCGGUGGUGUGUCAAUGGUCAACUCUCAGGGCAACCUGAAGACGUACCAAAGUGCUGUGUUGUCGUUGCACUCAAGAGAUUUUCAUGGCAUAUCAGCGGACUUGGUGUACGAGCUUCGGCGUAUGUUGAGUUUAGAUCCAAAUGGGCGACCGAGCGCUGUCGAGUUUGGAGGCAUUACAUUUUUCCGCGAUGAUCCCAAAGUAAGGGCUCUCCGCUUUUUGGACCGAAUGGCGGAGAGAGAUGUCGUUCAGAAGAUGGAGUUCCUGAAGGCUCUUGGCGGAAUGAUCGGCAUGUUUGAUAUUCGAAUCCUGCGAUAUAAGGUCUUGCCGCCUCUGGCGAUUGAAUUACGUAAUGAAACAAUGCAAACCAUCGUUAUUCCCAUGAUCAUGUCUAUUGCGGAAUCCCAGGACAAAAAGAAUUUUGAGACCGCCGUGUUGCCGGCGCUUCUUCCGGCAAUGCAGACUGCUUCUGGCGAUGCGCUUCUGCUUCUGCUGAAGCAUGCUCCUGUGAUCGUGGAUAAGAUAACAGGGGAAAUACUUCGCGUUCAUCUGCUUCCGAUGUUUGUUAGGGCGUUAGAUGACUCGGAUGUGCGCAUGCAAGAGGAGGUCUUGAGGCGCACUGUGGCAACUUGCCAGAAGCUGGACUAUCAGGUUCGGGUGCAUGCCCUCGUCUGUUUAGGCGAGCUUAUUCCGCGGAUGGACAAGCCAGGAGUGAUGGAGGUCUUGACAACUUGCUUGAAAUGUGUCACUGUUGAUAAAAGUGCGCCUACGCUGAUGUGUGUGCUAGGCAUUGGGGAUGUGCUUCUUAAACAGGCGGCGGCCACGUUCGCACCCCCAAUUGCCAAUGGCAAUACAGCGCCGAAGGCAUCAGCAGGGGUCUCUUCUGCUUCUGCUACGAGUACCACACUUGCGUGGGAUGUCAGCGAUUGGUCAUCGUCUUCAAAACCAAGUUUGCCUGCUCUUGAAUAUGCGUCUACUGGAGGAGGAGGAGGAGGAGGAGGAGGAGGAGGAGGAGGAGGAGGAGGAGGCAUGUCUUCGAACCUGUUGACAGGAGGACCAGGUGUUUGGUCACAGCCAAGCCAACCUUUGCCGGCACCAAUGCUUCAAAAUGCUCCUGCCCAGCCAUUGGGCUCAGGCCCUAUGUCGAACCCCACAGGCCUUGGGGACUUUGAUUGGCUGCCUUCCCCUUCAUCCAGCCUUCAGAGGUCUGGAAGUAUGCAGCAGAACAGCGCUUUGUCGAUGAACCGAGCACCCUCUCCUUCUCCUUCGGCAUGGGACACCUUCGGCGGUUCCAUGCAAGGUACAUCUAGCAGCGUAGGCAGCGGUCCCAUGGCCGGUCCCACUAUGGUGAGCCGGGACGUGGGGAGUCCCAGGCUGCAAAUGGACUCGAACGAUCCGUUUGCAUCCUGGCCUGCCUCCUCCAGCGCUGCAUCGUCCGCAAGCGGGCUUGGUGGUCCUGGCCUUGGCGGGUCUUUUGGUCUGGGAAAUUCCAUGUCAGGGUUUGGCAGUGGUAUGAUGCAGCAGCAGCAGCCGCCACCUGCGUAUGGGGGCAGUGGUAUGAUGCAGCAGCAGCAGCAGCAGCAGCCGCCGCCACCUGCGUAUGGGGGCAGUGGUAUGAUGCAGCAGCAGCAGCAGCAGCAGCCGCCGCCACCUGCGUAUGGGAGCCACAACGGCUCAUUUGCCAUGCAGGGAGGUAGGGGGCCCUCAGGUGGAAGGCCUGGCAUGAAUGCCGUCGGCAAUUGGAUGGCGGCAGACAAUACCGCGCUGAGACAAACGACUGAUUACGGCAGCAAUCUGAACUACUCGCCACGCAUGUCGAUGCAGAAGGGUCCAACGCCACCCCGACUGCAGCCCCCACCUGGCGGAGUUUCGCGGUCGAGCGCGGCUAGUAGGGCCAACAACAACCCGCAACUUCACCCGCUAAGCUCCACGAAUCGGGGUAACAAUCCCCAACCCCCCCCCCCACUGCUCGAUCUUCUGUGAGUGACUGUCGAGACUGCUCGAUCUUCUUCUGCGAGUGAGUGUCCGGUUUCGCUCCCCGAUCUUCUGUGAGUGAGUGCCACAAUUAGAAUGAGCUAUAUUGCGUUCGUGUAUUGCCAAUCCCUUUUGCUUUUGCAUUCGUAUGUGAGCAUGUGGUUGCAGGGUGUCGUCUCCCAGGGUGUACUUGCGUUUGCCUUUGUUGUAUUUUAUCCUCUUUUGAUGGCGUUUGAUGGCUUUUGAUUUCGUUUCAUGGGUUGUUGCUGCUCCUUAGCUAGGCCGUGCGGUUGAUUUUCAGUAGUAGUGUUAUUACUUA